UUAUAGAUGUAUAUUUCAACCAUUAAUUCAACUUCAAUUAAUUUCAACAUCAAUGACCAGUCCGAUAUGUUGAAAAUGACGUGUUGGUAUUAAUAAGUGAAAGAUGAUGCAACCCUGUAGAAAUUCUAUCUGAAUUAUUAUGUGCAAAGUCUAGAUAGAUGAUCUGAUGGUCGUAUGAUGUAAGAACAUUGACAUAUGUAGACUCUACUUGAGUCCAGACAAUUAGGUCUGAAGUUAUUGAGUUGGAGUUUGACACUUUCAAAGACCUAGCUGCCAUAAUUUUUAGUCGCCAGUCUCUAGUGACUAGUGCAUGAGAACUGAUCCCAAGCCAAGGCAGAACAGAUUGGAAAGGAACUCAGAAAAUAAAAAUGGCAGAAUCUGUAAAGGGCAAUGACUUGAUCGAUGAAAAGACAGCUAGAUCAUGGGAGAGUGAACAAAGAAAGCUAAAGGAGGAGCUCGUAGACCAUGAUACAGAAACCUGGCAGUCUGAUGGACCUCCUUUCUCUGACCUUCAUUACAUUGGAGGAGUGGAUAUCUCCUUUGUGAAAACAAGUACCAGUCUUGCUUGCGUCUCUCUCAUUGUGUGCAGUUUUCCUGAUCUUGAGGUGGUGUAUGAAGACUGCCAGACUAUUCACAUGACCCAGCCAUACAUCUCAGGUUUCUUAGCUUUCAGAGAAGUGCCUUUCUUCAUGGAACGCCUUGAUAGGUUACGUGACACCAAGCCUGAACUCCUUCCUCAGAUAAUUUUUGUGGAUGGAAACGGCAUACUACAUCCAAGAGGUUUUGGUACAGCCUGUCAUCUUGGUGUGCUUUCAGGGAUUCCUACCGUAGGAAUAGCAAAGAAACUCACUCAAAUCGACAACAUACAGAAAGAUGAAGAACAUGCACAUAAGGUUUCUGUGUUGAGAGGAGGAGAGUCUUUUGAUCUGAUUGGGGAGUCGGGUAAAACAUGGGGCAAGGCUCUGCGGAGUUGUGAGAAGACCAUCAACCCCAUCUAUGUAUCUGUAGGCCAUCGCAUCUCAGUGGAGACUGCCAUCAUCUUGGUACAAGUAUGCUGUCAGUAUCGCAUUCCUGAACCCGUUAGACAGGCUGAUAUGCGGUCUAGAGAAUACCUUCGACAGACAUUUCCUGAACAUUACCCUGCUUCUAGCUCUGGUGGCAAGAAAGCAGCUCAAAAGCAUCGCAAGAAAGACCCUGAUGGUGCAUUGGGAAAGACAGAAGGUCAGAAGAGAAUGGAAGAAAGCUGUGAUGGAGAAGAUGAUGAAGAACUAAGAAAAGAAAAUAAUGAUAUCGAGCCUGUGAAGCUACAGGGAGAUGGAGACAGAAGAUCUACUGAAUCAGGCAGUCCUUCUAGUUGAUAUAUUCCAUGAGAACUAACAAUAUAAAAGAGUCAAUUAGAGUAAGAAUAUUUUGAUAUCUGAAUAUAUAUUUUUGUACUUGACAUUUUUCGUCUUGCCUGCAUUCCUUAUCUUUGUAAUUAUUUUCUUUAUAAUGAGAAAGGAUAAAUUGAAAAUUUGAAGUUGUACCCUGUUUUUACAUUCAUAUAUCUUGAUACUUUUUCUUAUAUAAAAAUGUGGCCUGCUAUUUAUGGUCAUCAUUCUUGUUUCAUCUAUGUCAAGUUUUAAAAAAAGGUAGUAGUUUAUGAAAACUGAUAGUCUAUAUAAAGUUGGUUGAGUUCUCAAAAUCGUGGUUCUCUAAUUUGUUAGCAUUUUGAGUAUCUCAAUAAGUGGAACAUUUUCCCAACAGUCCUGUCUUAGAUUUGAUAUAUGUGAUACUUUGAUUGGAUUGUAACCACGUUCUGCUCAGUAGUGCCCACACCCGUGUAUUCUAUAAAACGUAUCAUACAGAAAUGAAAUCCCUGUCGUUUUCCUUCAUUGCUCACUGUUGAACUUCUCAAACACAAAUGUCUUUUAAUAUUGUGCAAUUUUACCUACAUUUUAGCAGAUAAAAACAGUUUUAUAUAGUAUAAUUAGAGUUGAUUUUAUUUUUGUAUAAACAUUGAUACAUGUAGGCUUAUAUAUCUAACCAAACCAUUGAUGUCUUUGAUAAUAUGCUGAAAUUUAUUGUACCAAGUUUAAUUAUUAUAGAAAAUAUUGAUUUGUGCCUUCUCCCUGAUCUCUUGAGGAGAAUACCUCAUCAGUUUAUAUUAUCAUGCUCCCCCCCCCUUACUACUUUCUUCCUCUUCAUGAUGAAAGGUUCACAUAAUGUGCAAAAACAUGUAACUAUAAUUCUGAUUGUUAUAUAUGUAAGAUUUUGUCUAGUGGAUACGUCACUGGAAUGUGAAUCACAUCGUUGGAGUUACGCCGCGGCAUUAAUGUUCCUUGGUAAGACAUUAAUCUACUUUUGCCACUCUUCACCCAGGUGAUGUAAAUGGGUACAUGAUAGGAAGAAAUACCUUGAAUGCCAGAGCAUCUUAUCAGGGUUGCUCAGCUAAAGCCCGGGUAAUAAUAGUACAGCGCAUAGAAACAUUAGUAUUAAGCGCUAUGUAAAUGUUGCUCGUUACCAAUAUCAUAAUGUCUUUGCAAUGACUCUCACUCUUUCAUUAAAUUUAAUACUGAAGGGUAUUCAUAACAAUCAAAUUUUACUGGAUACUUAAUAUUAUUGAUAACUUUCGGCCAGUGUUAUAUGAAAAUGUUCUGUUAAAGACAUGUUUGUAAGUACCUGUAUCUAUAUCCCAAGUGAUUUACUUACAUUUAUACUUCUUUUACCUAUUUCCUUUAUGUUUCAAUAAUAAAUAUCAUAUUUCCAAUAAUACACUUUAACUGUGAUCCUAAUUUUUCAUAAAACUCAAAAGGUUACACUUGUAUGGAUGAGUUUGAUAAUAUCUGUAACUGAAAUAAUACGUAAAGAAUGGA